AUGAACGAGUCCUUCAGUACCACUACAGCGCCUUGUAACGGCACGGAUUGCCCGCGCUCCUCUUCAUCCCAGGACCACAACACGGGGUCUGACGACGCGACAUGGAUUCUCACAAGCGCCUUCAUCACGUUUACAAUGCAAUCAGGUUUUGGCCUCCUUGAGAGCGGGAGCGUCUCCACCAAAAACGAGGUCAACAUCAUGGUGAAGAACGCGUCGGACGUUCUCUUCGGCGGGCUGACGUACUGGAUCUUCGGCUACGCCUUUAGCUUCGGGGAGAGCCCGUUAUCCAACUCCUUCUGCGGCAUCGGGCAGUUCUUCGUGGACGCCGACGAGGCGAACAUGGGGUGGAUCUUCUCUCGAUUCUUUUUCCAGAUGUCCUUCGCAACUACUGCCACCACCAUCGUGUCGGGGGCAAUGGCAGAACGUACCAACCUGAUGGCGUACAUCCUCUUCUGUAUGCUGAACACGCUAAUAUUCUGUUUCCCGGCGCACUGGGUCUGGGACUCCCGAGGCUGGCUUAGGAAGCUCGGGUCGGUAGACAUCGCCGGGGCCGGGCCGGUCCACCUGGUGGGAGGGACCGUCAGCCUGGUGGCCACGCUGAUGUUGGGACCCAGGUACAAGAGGUUCGACAAGAAGGACCCCCUGAAGACAAUGGCAUGUCCCACUAACGCACUACUGGGGAUGUUCAUGCUAUGGUGGGGUUGGCUGGGGUUUAACUGCGGCAGUACCUUCGGCAUUACCGGCGGCAAGUGGAAACUGUCAGCCAGAUCUGCAGUAGCAACCAUUACGUCAUCUAUGGCAGGCGGGAUCGUCGGUCUCCUCUUAAGCUACACCACUACCCGUAUGUUUGAGAUCCCCUACCUCCUGAACGGCGUGCUGGGUUCUUUAGUGUCUGUCACAGGUAUUUGCGCGUUGGCGCACCCCUGGGAGGGCCUGUUUAUCGGCGCGGUGGGCGCGCUGAUCGCCUGCGGCUCCACGGAGCUGCUGGAGAGGUGGCAGGUGGACGACCCGGUGGGCGCCGUGCCCGUCCACUUCUCCUGCGCGGUCUGGAGCCUCAUCAGCAUCGGCAUCUUCGGCAGGAUAGACACGCUGGAGCACGCCUCGCAGUUCAACGGACUCAUAGCGGGUGGAGGGUUCUACCUUCUGGGGAUCCAGGUGCUGGCCGCCGCCUCUCAGAUCGUCUGGACCAUCGUCACCUCUUACCUAGUCCUGAAACUGGUGGACGUGACGGUAGGGCUGCGGGUUCCCCUGGACAAGGAGAUACUCGGAGCGGACUACUGUGAACACGGUGUCGGGGAACCCGACCGAGACAACCCCGAGGGAGCUUCCGAGGAUGACGACGACUCUCUGGACAACGGCUCGCCUCGCCAGGACAUGCGUUUUCUGGGAUACCACGGCGACUACAGACCACCCGAGCACCACCACCACCAUCGUCACCAUCAUGGCGACGUAGACGGGGAGGUCGUGGAGAGAAAGGUGAGGCGCCGGCCCUCGGGCGGUUACUGCGGGCACAGCUUUCGCCAGAAGCACCGCAUCCGUCUGCCCAGCGCAUCGUCGGUCGCGUGCUGCUGCCAUUGCUGCCAGUGCCAGUGUCACCGGUACGACGAACUGCCAUCCGACUGCGACGAUUCCGAACAUGAACUAAAAACUUUAAGUAAGAAGAGAAGAAACGUCUUGUCUUGCUGCAGGAGGCUCGUGCAGUGCUGUAAGAAACGCCAGGAGGCGAAGGAAGACGGUGACUUGAGACGCGGUGACACUCAUCUGAAAGAUGUUGCGACCAACACGGGUAGUUUGAAAGUCGUGACGCAGGAAGUAGUAACUGGAUUGUUUCUUCGUUGCCAUGGCAGCGACAGUUAUUACCCCAAAAUGCUGGGAACGAGCCUUGAGCAAGCGGAGACGAGGGCAGCAGUCAGCACGACUCCGAGGACGAACAGCACGGGCUGCAUGGUGCUGGCCGUCACCGGGUCCUUCCUGGCCGCUCGGCGGGCGUGAGGCUGAUGGACGCCGAGGGGCGCUGACGAGUGCCGCCGCCACCUCACCUGCUGCUCGACGCUGGGCGAGACGACGGUGGAGUAUCGCCGCUGCCGCUGAUUUUCGGCCGGCUUCACUUCCUUGCUGGCCCCGCCAUCUUCGAGGAUCGGGUUGGGGAGCAGGCGAGCCGGCAUGGAGAUGCGGCGUUUCUUCGUCUGGUUCUGCAUCGGAGACAAUUUCACCGUCUUCGCCGUCGUGAUUUCAUGUAGCUUCGGAUCGCAAACCUGCGAUCGGCGUCUCAGUACAAGUCUUGGCAUUGUAUUUUGCUCCUUUUGACAGUUUUUUAGUGAUAGCAGUAACAAAGACGGCGUUCACCAAACGCCCAACAGACAAUGGAGCCCUGUGGCGCCCCAGGUGUUUUGACAAAAUGAAUAGUCUAGCACGGCUUUUCGAUUAUUAUGAUAUGCACGGCCAGACCUGCACAUGUAUACACGUGUGCAUUGCGCAAAGAAACAUCUUAUAUAGCCAACUCAUCCAAUCCUGGCGCGUCUGGCAAUCUCUGAAAUCAUUUCAAGCACGUUCUCUUCUCACGAAGCGCCACAGAUAAUUGUCUGAAGGCGAUACCCAGAAAAUGAUCUAUAGCUGUGAACACUCCAGUUUCGUUUGAAGCAUGCUUGUGUGUGUGUGUGUGUGCUUCCAUCCACAGUGCCCCACCGCUGAUGACGUAAGAGCUAAAAAUAGCCUCUGGACAAUCAGAUGUCUGGACGUCAUUCAUUCUCUUCAUGGCAACCAGAUGACGUCAUAAUUACGUUUGCGUCAGGUGUAACAUUGUAUUAUGCUA